CCUGCUCAGCGCAACGUUGUGUUCUCAGACAGUGGAUCCUAUAUAUACAAUCAGUGAGUGCACCUUUUCAUUAUUAUUUGCGCAGUGUUCAAGUCAAACUAAUUAUGGCUCUUCGAGAGUUUGGUUUAUUAUUUCUGUUUUUAAUUAUCUUACAACUAAAAAUGGCCGACAGCAACCGUAUCGUCUUUCCUGAUGAAGUAGAACAGGUCAAAAUGAACAUAGUAGCAGAGUCGCAAGCAACAAAAACGAAUACUGUGGAAGAAGUAACCGAAGUCCCUGAAGAAGUAGACGUGAAGACCAGGAAUAUGAUCGUAACUCCCCCCAACUGCCCACCGGGACAGAAAAUGGGCGCAGAUGGAGUUUGCCGAGACAUAUUUUAAACUUUCACGUCCUGUUACUACAUAUUAAUUUACUUAAGUUUAAGGUUUCAAAAUGUCGAAUCAUCCCCAUCGAUUCAAAAUCAUGAAUAUUAAGGAUAAAUAAGCAGUAUUAUUUGUCUUGAUUAUUCACUUUAUUUGUUUUUAAGAUUUUUUGAAGUAAACAUAGAUUUAUUUUUUUAAAUGUUUAAUUUUAUCCCUGAUUUUAUAUAUUUUAUUGCAUAUUGUAUGAGUGAGUGACGCUCGUGUUUACAAGGUGCCUCAUUAAGAGUCAAGACGGCAAAAAAAAUCAAAUUAGAUUAUA